AUGGAGCCCCUCACUGCAUUUGGGCUCGCUGCGUCUAUCGUUCAAUUCGUUAACUUCGCCACUACCCUGAUCAAAAAGGGUUCGGAAAUAAAUGAUUCGGUCGCAGGCUUGUCUCGAGACCUUGAAAUUGACGAAACCUACGAGGACCUCAAUCGAUUCAGCUCGACACUUGAAGAAGGAUGCAGCAUAGAAAUCAACACUGCGGAUCCGGAGAUUCGAGACAGUACCAGUUCACUAGCCACCCUGGCAAAGGCCUGCAAGUCCGAUUGUAGCACCCUGUUGGAAAUUAUCCAUAGUCUCAAGGUGCAAGGUGGCCCGAAACGUAGAGUCAAAAGUUUGAAGGCCGCGUUCGCAGCGAUGCGGAAGGAAGACGUGAUAAACCAGUUGAAGGAGCGCUUAACCAGGACCGAGACCCAGAUUACAGUCCAUCUGUGUCGCAUAUCCAAGCAUCAUCUCGAGCGUCACACAAGACUCUUGGAACACUUGGCGGGGCGAGCCUAUGCUCUCGAGGUCGAUCAAAGGGCCAGUUUCGACACACUGGCCAUCAAAUUGAACGAGAUUAGGGCAGUCAUCACGUCAAGAUUUAAAAUCAUGCCGGAUAAUUCGGAAGUUGAGGCAAUGCGUGAUCAACUGACCGCUCUCGGCCUUGCAGAACGAGAUAUCACCCGAGAACAAGCAAUUUUGAGCAGUCUAUCUUUCGAGCAUCGUUUGGAUAGAUACGAGGCAAUAAGUCGGGCGUAUAAUGCGACUUUAUCUUCGAUAUUCCACCCGGAUGGUUUGCCCAGCCAAGGGGAAAGACUACUUGAGUGGCUCAGAUGUGGGCAAGGGAUCUUCUGGGUCACCGCGGUCAAGUUUCUCAUCUGCAUUGAUGGGCUUGAUGAGUAUCGAGGGGACCAUGUCGAAAUUUGCACCACCUUGAGUGAAAUUGGAUUGGCUUCUGAUGACAUCAAAAUCUGCGUCUCUAGUCGACCAUGGAACGACUUCCAAAAGGCAUUUGGAUCAGAGGGCGUCUUCCUCUGGGUUUUCCUUGUCACCAAGGAAGUCAGGGAGGGCAUGAGCAACCACGAUAGCCUAUCCGAUCUCUACCGAAGGGUCAAGGGCUUCCCUCCGGACUUGGAUCAAUUCUUCAAGCACAUUCUGUCAUCGGUGGAUCCUUUCUAUGGACCAAAAAUGUCAUCCGCAUUGCAAACCGCUGUGGCAGUCGAAGAGCCCCUGGAGCUGUCAAUUUACGACUUUCAAGAACAAGAGUUCGACAACCCAAAUUAUGCAUUAGAUCUGGCUAUAAAACACUCUCGCAAGGAUUUUGUCGAAAAGCGCUUGAACGAUAUUGAAAAACGUCUGAAUGGCUGGUGCAAAGGCUUACUGGAGGUUCACUAUGAUGAUAAGGUCUAUUUCCUCCACCGCACUGUCAGAGAUUUCCUGAAGACCCGUGAGACGGGGUCUUUUCUAGAAUGCAGAUUACCAAAAGGUUUCUGUGUCGGCGUUUCAAUUGUGAAAGCACACACUGCGUGGAUCAAAUCACGCACCUUCUUACCCAAACGCCGCUACGGCGACGACGAGACUCCUCGAUGGAAAAUGCCUUUGAGAAAGGUGCGUGGCCUUCUGAAAGCUGCUUCUCAUCUUGAAGGGUACUCAGAAGCCACCUAUGAGGUUGAAUACGCCGUCUCAGCCCAUAUCGACGCAUUCGAAGAAGCUAUAGGCCAACACGAAACCGCGUCUGCUUCGAAAUUUGGCUUGUUUCGUGAUUCCCAGCAAUCCGUUCGUCUUCUAAGGUCACGCAUCUUCACAUCCGGUCUGUCGUAUUACCUGCACAAGAAAUUGUCAUAG